CGAACCCGUAUCAUCCCAAUGUCAUUGCACGAAUCCAGAUCAGCCGAAACGACUGACAGCAAUGUCGUCGCUGUUCCUGAGUCACACCUUGCGAGCGACGUGGAGCCCAUGGAAAAGAAGGCUGACGAACCAAGCUCUGAGGAGACCAUCAGUCCUGCCGAGACUCACUAUCCGACCGGAUGGCGCUUACACCUGUCAACAAUUAGUCUUUCAGUUUUGAUAUUCUUGGUCCAAAUGGAAUCAUCAAUCGCUAGCACUACGCUACUGAAGAUUACCGAUCAGUUUGGGGGAUAUGAGAAAAGUUCUUGGGUCUUCACAGCAUACAUGUUGACCUACUGUGGAUUCCAAAUGAUAUGGGCAAAAUGGUCCGAUAUAGCGGGGCGACGCCUCACCUUGCUGGUGUGUGUGGUGAUAUUCACAAUCUCCUCGGCACUCUGUGGCGCCAGUCAGAGUCUUAUACAACUGAUCCAGUUUCGUUGGAUCCAGGGAAUCGGUGGCUGUGGCAUAUUUGCCAUGGGGCAGAUCUAUCUCUUCGAGCUCUAUCCGCCCCAUCUAUGGCCUUUUUAUAUGACUAUUUUCACCGCUGUGAUUGCGUUUUCCUUGAUCGCUGGUCCGCUCUUGGGCGGCGGUAUUACGGAAUCUGGUUCUUGGCGAUGGAUCUUUCUUCUCAAUGUGCCCGCCGGCGUCUUACUCAUUCCGGCUAUCUAUCUAAUUUUCCCACGAAAAUCCGGGAAUCAAGUAUCUAUCGAAUCCAGCAACAGAGCCUUGUUUUCCUCUGCAUCCCUCAGAAAAGUGGAUAUUUUGGGAUCAGUGACUCUUCUGGGCGCCUCAAUACUUUUAUCCACGGGCUUCCAGGAAGCAUCGAUCGUCUCGUCUUGGAAGUCGGCCGUCGUUUUGUCAUUGAUAAUAUGCAGCAUUCCAUUCAUCGCGGUAUUUCUUGCCUGGGAGUGGUUUGUCACCACGCGCCGGGAGUUUCCAGAGCCAGUCUUCCCAUGGAGAUUUUUCCAAAGUCGUGUUCGGAUAGGAAUGAUCAUAAACACAUUCCUCGUGGGAUCCGUCACCUACGUUUGCUCCGUUCAGAUCCCACAAAAGUUCAUGACGGUUCACGGUCUUUCGCCGUUCGAUGCGGCAAUCAAGCUCCUUUCCUUUGGUGUAUUGAUUUCCGGUGGGUCCUCGGUUGCUGCAGCAUUGAUGGGCAAGUUAAGAAUCCCACCCUGUUGGAUGAUACUCUUCGGAGCCGUGAUGCAGGUCAUUGGAUUAGUGCUCUUAUCUAGAGUCAAAGACACUGCUAGGAUUGAGCCAGCACAAUAUGCCUACCAUGUUCUUGCGGGUCUUGGGGUAGGUUUCAUCAAUGCAGCAAUCACUCUCUUGGUGCCAUAUAUCAUGGAAAAAAGAGAUCUCGCAACUGGGACAGCUGCAAUCUCGCAGUUUCGCAUGUUGGGGGGCCUCAUGGGUUUGUCUAUCGCGGUAUCACUCUCUACGCCGCAGAUACGAUCUCAGUUACUCGGGGUAUUACCUGCAGCAGAUGUUUCGCAGUUACUGGAAAGAACCGAAACCAUCAACACAAUAGAUGGCGUCCUACUGGAGACUGUGAAGGGAAUAUUUGCAGAAGGGUAUUCGCUCCAAAUCAAGAUGCUUGUGGGGUUUGCGGUAGCUCAGGUCCCAACGACGCUUUUGAUGUGGACGAAUCAAGCGGCAGAGCCGGGAACAGGUCAUUCUUGA